AAGUACUCGUACUGUAUGGGCCAAAUUAUAUAGGCACCUCCAUCUCACUCCAGACAUCUUUCACGUCCGUUGGCCAUUCACAGCGUCUUGAUCGCCUCAAUCAAUACACUCAUACUCAUACCCACACUCACUUUGCCUGUUUUUGACAAACGUAGAUUUUCACCUGCAAUCCGUCCUUUCUUCUUCUCUCUUCCAAACCGAUCCAUCCGCCAACCACAAUCUUGGUCCAAACUAAUUGCGCUCUGUGUGACGCACCUACACCCUCGUAUAUCCAUGUAUGCGCGUUACAUCCUUCGCCCUCCUUGACCGAUCUGUAACUUCUCGCACCGCAAAUACAUCCUCACAGGGUCCUUGCGCCUCCCUAGGCUUGCCUCAAGGCAAUGGCGUCAAACAAUCCGGCGCUGCAGGAAAAGCUGCAGGAGUUGGAUCACGAACUUGAGGUAAGCCUCUAAACUUCAAGAAUGACGCUUUGCGUGGAUCGCCACAAUUCUGGCAGGAAGCCGGUAUCCUUAGUAUUUCUACUAACGAGUCUCUAGGAAGGCGAUAUCACAGAAAAAGGGUACGAACAUCUUCACCCAGUUUUGCCAGUUCAUGGCGAGCACAUUUUCUUGGGAAUUCAGCACUAACUCACCCAUGCAGGUACCAAAAACGGCGGACACUCUUGCUCUCCCAGUUUAUGGCCGCUUCUGCCAAUACUCCCGAAUUAAGAGGCCUACAAGUCCACUCUUCCAACGAUACAGUGCAUCCGUCAAACGAUGAAUCUCGUAGCGCAUCGCUCGCCGCACUCAAUGCGAACUCAAACUAUCCCGGCGAUUCCUAUGGCCAUACACCCCAAAUACCACCACAGUCACCAGCGAGAUCGAGUUCAGGUGCUCGUUUGGAUACAAUGGCAAGUGGUUUUGGUGGCUUUGGAGAUAGCCGAGCGCAUGAGGGGGGUUUCGCUUCAGGGGGAAGACCGCAAGAGUUGAAGCUAGGAGUUCACAAUCCUACACAGAGACCAACAUCAACAUCAUAUAGUCGAGACUCUUUGUUCUUACCCAAAGCACUGAUACCCGGCGAAGUGUCUGCCGAACCGACCAUGAUGACGGCAACAUCAACGAUGGCUUCAGGUGCGAACUAUGCUUUUAAUCCAGCCUAUCAAGCAGGCUAUUCUGAGCAGCAAGGCAAUGCUUAUGAAAGCCAGGCUGGAACCAUGAUGGAUUCGCAUGGAACAAUGCUAGGAGAGUCGCAACAGGGUUACUUCUCGGAUUUUGCUGGCCAGCAAGGGUACGACAAUAACAAUCAAGGUUACGAAAACAACGCACCACCGGGGUUUUACGGCGGUGGGCCACAACGGUAUUCUUCAAGUGAUGCCUUCUCUCCAACGGCCGCGAUGGCACCUCCAAUGCUUAACACUAGUGAUCUUCCCCCACCUGCCGCACUGGAGUACCAAAUGCCCCUAGAGCCCCGGGACCUUCCAUUUGCUGUCUACGAUCCUCACGAUGGAAAUACUCCAAUGUCGAAAUUCGAUAAUAUUGCCGCAGUAUUGAGACACCGAAGCAGAACAACUGCGAAAGCGCCUGCGUACUGGGUACUAGAUGGCAAGGGAAAAGAAAUUGCUUCCAUCACGUGGGAUAAACUGACCAGUAGAGCUGAAAAAGUCGCCCAAGUCAUUAGAGAUAAAAGUUCACUAUAUCGUGGUGAUCGAGUUGCUCUGAUUUAUCGUGAUACAGAGGUUAUCGAUUUUGCCAUCGCUCUUCUCGGGUGCUUCAUUGCUGGCGUGGUUGCUGUUCCUAUCAAUGAUUUAGAAGACUACGCAAAGCUCAACCUUAUUCUCACUUCUACACAAGCACAUCUUGCCCUCACUACCGACUACAACCUGAAAGCCUUCCAGCGAGACAUUACAACGCAAAAACUUAACUGGCCACGGGGUGUGGAAUGGUGGAAAACCAACGAAUUUGGGAGCUUUCACCCAAAGAAAAAGGACGAUGUCCCUCCUCUAACUGUUCCUGAUCUUGCUUAUAUUGAAUUCUCGCGGGCACCUACCGGAGACCUGAGAGGUGUCGUGAUGAGCCAUCGUACAAUCAUGCAUCAAAUGGCUUGUCUAAGCGCUAUAAUAUCAACCGUUCCAGAGGACACCCCGGGAGACACCUUCAAUUCUCAACUGAGAGACAAAAAUGGCAGACUCAUGGCUGGGAGUAGAAAUCGUGGCGAGAUUCUGCUCUCAUAUUUGGAUCCUCGUCAAGGUAUUGGAAUGAUUCUAGGUGUGUUGUUGACCGUAUAUGGUGGUCAUACGACUGUUUGGAUGGAAAGUAAGGCAGUUGAGACGCCCGGGCUGUAUGCACAUCUCAUUACAAAGUAUAGAGCGACAUUGAUGCUGGCCGACUAUCCAGGAUUGAAACGAGCAGCCUACAACUACCAGCAGGAUCCAAUGACGACCAGAAACUUCAAGAAGGGGAUCGAGCCAAACUUUCAGCACGUGAAAUUAUGUCUGAUUGACACUAUCACUGUCGAUAGCGAAUUCCACGAAGUUCUUGCUGACCGAUGGCUUCGGCCCAUGAGGAAUCCCAGAGCACGAGAGUUGGUGGCUCCCAUGCUCUGUCUCCCGGAGCAUGGCGGUAUGGUAAUAAGCAUGCGAGACUGGUUAGGCGGCGAGGAGAAUAUGGGCUGUCCUCUCAAACUUGACAUAGGAUCUGAUUCUGAUACAGAGGAGAAGACUGAAAAGAAAGACAAAAUCGCCGAAGAUGGGUUCAGCACAUUGAUUGGUGGCAGUACCACAACAAGAACGGAACAGCGUGGAAGAACCGAGCUGAGCGAGGUGCUACUAGAUCGCGAGGCGCUCAAAACAAAUGAGGUGGUCGUUGUCGCCAUCGGAGACGAGGCACGCAAAAAGGCUAGUACUGAGCAAGGAACAGUGAGAGUGGGUGCUUUUGGCUUUCCACUUCCUGAUGCCACUCUUGCUGUGGUUGAUCCAGAAACUGGCCUGUUGGCUUCUCCGCACUCCGUCGGUGAGGUUUGGGUGGAUUCGCCCUCUCUCUCAGGAGGGUUUUGGGCGCUGCCAAAGCACACAGAGCAGAUUUUCCAUGCCCGCCCUUACAAAUUCGAGCAAGGCGACCCAACGCCAAUGAUGGUAGAACCCGAGUUCUUGCGCACCGGCUUGCUGGGCACCGUUAUUGAAGGCAAGGUCUUCGUUCUUGGUCUUUAUGAGGAUCGAUUGCGGCAAAAAGUCGAAUGGGUCGAACAUGGGCACGAGAUUGCAGAGCAUCGUUACUUCUUUGUGCAGCAUAUCAUAGUAAGUAUAAUGAAGAACGUGUCGAAGAUAUACGACUGUUCCGCCUUUGAUGUUUUUGUCAACGAUGAGCAUCUCCCUAUCGUUCUACUUGAGUCUAUGUCCGCCUCCACGGCCCCAGCAACGUCCGGAGGACCCCCUCGACAACUAGACACGGCAUUGCUGGACUCACUGUCAGAGCGUUGCAUGGAAGUUCUCAUGCAAGAACACCAUCUACGAGUUUAUUGUGUGAUGAUUACAGCUCCCAACAGUCUACCAAAGGUUCUCAAGAAUGGCCGCCGGGAGAUUGGAAACAUGCUAUGUCGACGGGAAUUUGAUUCAGGGAAUCUUCCAUGCGUUCAUGUGAAAUUUGGCGUUGAACGAGCUGUACUCAAUCUACCAAUUGGCGUAGAUCCAAUUGGCGGAAUAUGGUCUCCACUCGCUUCACAGACCAGAGAAGACAUUCUGUCCCCAGGUGACAAGCAAUACUCUGGCAUCGACCGUCGAGAGGUUGUCAUAGAUGAUCGCACCUCCACUCCUUUGAACAAUUUCACUAGCAUUGUGGAUCUAUUACAAUGGAGAGUAGCACGCCAGUCUGAUGAGCUUUCCUACUGCACUAUUGACGGGAGAGGGAAGGAGGGAAAGGGCAUCACGUGGAAGAAAUUCGAUACCAAAGUCUCAGCUGUAGCGAUGUAUCUGAAAAACAAGGUCAAAGUUAAGGCUGGGGAUCAUUUGAUUCUGAUGUUUACACAUUCUGAGGAUUUUGUGUAUGCCGCCCAUGCUUGUUUCUGUUUGGGUGUCACGGCUAUCCCAAUGGCUCCUCUCGAUCAAAAUCGACUGAACGAAGACGCGCCGGCUUUCCUCCAUAUGGUAUCUGACUAUACCGUCAAGGCAGUGCUGGUGAACCAAGACGUCGAUCACCUUCUUAAACAAAAAGCCGUCUCCCAACACGUCAAGCAAUCUGCCCAAGUACUCAAGGUAUCUGUCCCAUCUGUUUACAAUACAACAAAGCCCCCCAAACAGAACAAUGGAUGUCGAGAUCUUGGCCUCACCAUGCAGCCAGCCUGGGUCCAAUCUGGGUACCCUGUACUUGUCUGGACCUACUGGACGCCAGAUCAAAGACGAAUUGCCGUUCAGCUAGGCCAUGAUACAAUUAUGGGCAUGUGCAAAGUUCAAAAGGAGACCUGUCAAAUGACAAGUUCAAGGCCAGUGUUGGGAUGCGUUCGCAGCACAAGUGGUCUUGGAUUCAUCCAUACUUGCUUGAUGGGAAUCUUUGUUGGUGCACCCACCUAUCUCGUAUCACCGGUUGAGUUUGCUCAAAAUCCAAUAUCUCUCUUCCACACGUUAUCUAGAUACAAGAUCAAAGACACUUACGCAACCCCGCAAAUGCUUGACCACGCAAUGUCGAUUAUGCCAGGCAAGGGUUUCACGCUUCACGAACUGAAAAAUAUGAUGAUUUCUGCCGAGGGAAGGCCACGGGUUGAUGUAUUUCAAAAGGUUCGUCUGCACUUCGCAGCGACAGGUAUGGAUCGGACAGCCAUUAAUACUAUCUACUCACACGUUCUCAAUCCCAUGAUUGCGUCUAGAUCGUAUAUGUGUAUUGAACCGAUCGAGCUUUGGCUAGAUACAGGGGCACUGAGGAGAGGCUUGAUUUAUCCAGUAGAUCCCGAUUCUGAUUCGAGAGCACUCUUGAUUCAAGACUCAGGCAUGGUUCCUGUUUCGACACAGAUAGCCAUCGUUAAUCCAGAAAGCCGGAACCUCUGUCACGACGGUGAAUAUGGAGAGAUUUGGGUUGAUUCAGAAGCUUGCGUCAAAUCUUUUUACGGUUCCAAGGAUGCUUUUGACUCUGAGAGAUUUGACGGCCAUACUGUAGACGGUGAUCCUGGUGUGCAAUACGUCCGUACCGGAGACCUCGGGUUUCUUCACAAUGUCAGUCGACCUAUUGGACCUAACGGAGCUCAAGUAGAUAUGCAGGUUUUGUUUGUCUUAGGGAACAUUGGAGAAACAUUCGAAAUCAAUGGUCUAAGCCAUUUCCCAAUGGACAUCGAAUUAUCUGUUGAAAAAUGUCACCGAAAUAUUGUACCUGGUGGUUGGUAAGUUGUUCCUUGUGUUUGAAACAUCAUCUCUUUCUGACGACUACAUAGUGCCAUAUUCCAAGCGGGAGGUUUGAUUGUAGUUCUAGUUGAAGUGGGCAGGAAAGCUUAUCUAGCAUCUAUUGUACCCGUCAUUGUCAAUGCGAUAUUGAACGAGCACCAAAUUGUGGUUGACAUAGUAGCAUUUGUCGCCCGUGGGGAUUUCCCACGGUCAAGGCUUGGCGAAAAACAAAGAGGGAAGAUACUGGCUAGUUGGGUCACUCGAAAAAUGCGCACGAUGGCGCAGUUCGGCAUCAGGGAUCCGGAAUCUGCUAUGUCAGACACAACAGAAGCUCCCUUGGAGCGGACAGCCGUCGCUAGCCUUCGCAAUAGCAGUGUUAUGGCCAGCAGUCUUCGAAAUGUUGAGCCUGCUCCACAGAUUCUCGAGGAACAGGAACUUGAGCGCCAAAGAGCUCAAGGGCAAAUCAAUGCCGCCCCAUUGCCAACCGGGAUUUCAGAGAUGCCUGCUCAUAACUACAAUGAAAAAAUCGCUGGCGGUAACGCGUCGGAGAAGAGUGAUGACACUACAACCAAUAACCGAGCCAAUCACUUUGAGUUGCCCGCAGAGGAAUACGGCGCUUCUAAGAACACUCUACCAGCGCACAGCGGAAAUGAUUUCACUGUUCCUGGAUUCGGGCCAUUUGAUUCCUUAGACAGUUCUCCACCUCCAUUUGGCCCUAAACCAGGUGACACUGAUCAUCAAAACAACGUGCAGGCCAACGACGGCCGCGGUGAUAUUUGGAGCUUACCAAGCCAACAAGCCGGAGGAGGUCUGCGAAUCCAGAAUGGAGCUGUUGACGACGACGAUGAUGACAGCUGGAAAGGUGAUGCUUUGAUGCACAUGAACUUAGCAGGGCGGUAAUGUAGACAGGAAGAAAGUGGACAUAAGUAGAAGUAAAGCGGACAUGUUGAUGUAUAUAACGUGACUUGCCUUGCGGAGACAAGAGACAUAAAGCUUAGUGGUGCUAGGAAGGAAAUCUGGGCAGCGCACGCGCGAUCUCGUUGUAGGAGGGGCAGGGCACAAGCUCGUGCUAUUUUAAGUUACACAGAUACCCCGUAAGAGAAGUGGUCAUUACUUUGAACACACCUAGGUCAGAACAAUGUAAUGUUACCCGAAAAGCCUCGCACAACUAGAAUAGUUAUACGAGCGAUUUAGGACAGAUGAAAUGAAU